AUGAGACUUGGCACAUAUACCCUGUUACCUGCCUUAGCGCAGUUCUUGUCAUCGUCAACGGCGGCGCCAAGUCCUCCAGAAAUCGACGCCGAUCUUUCGAGACGUGCGGACCUUGAUGAGGCCCAAGAGCAAUUUAGCCAACUCGUUGACUCGAUCACAGAGACACAGCUAGCGUCGCUUAAUGAAACUGAGGCAUCACUGCGGGCGCGUGGCGAACAAGCGACUUGUUCAACAAGGAAUAUUUAUUUUCGCAGAGAAUAUGGCUCACUCUCUAAAGCUGAGCGGCUGGCCUAUGUUAAUGCUGUGAAAUGCUUGCAAACCCUUCCGCCCCGGACACCCUCGAACGUCUCCGCGGGUGCGCAGUCUCGCUUCGAUGACUUUGUUGUUGUCCACAUCCAGCAAACUCUUACAAUUCAUUAUACGGGUAACUUCAUGGCUUGGCACAGAUGGUUUGUCUAUCAGUACGAGAAAGCACUUCGGGAUGAAUGCGGCUACACUGGUUAUCAACCAUAUUGGGACUGGCCCAAGUAUGCCUCCGCACCUGAGAAAUCGCCUAUCUUCAAUGGGGACGCCUACAGCUUGGGUGGCAAUGGAGACUAUGUCGAACAUAACGGCUCAGUGAUUACGCCUCCAGCUGGUGUUGGUGGCGGCGACAUCCAAUUAGCUGCAGGUCUGGGAGGAGGCUAUGUGACCACUGGACCAUUCGCGAACAUGACUGUAAACCUGGGACCUGUAGCCGGCCUGGUGGGAACUGAUGCUGGACCAGAUGGCGGCCUCGGGUACAACCCCAGAGGGCUGAAGCGUGAUGUUGGCCCAGCUCUUAACACUCGAUAUGCAAACUAUACCACAGUUCUCAAUCUCCUUCUCAAGCCCAACAUCACGGCAUACCGUGUCCUCUCAGAAGGUGUCCCAUACACUGUUGAAAUUGGACCCCAUGGCGGCAUCCAUUACACGAUCAACGGCGACCCUGGUGGUGACCUAUUCACCUCCCCAGGCGAUCCAGCAUUCUGGGUUCACCACGGUAUGAUGGACAGAAUGUGGACUUUAUGGCAAGCACUUGACCCUAAGACCAGGCAGGUAGAUAUCAAUGCAGGUGACUAUGGCCAUGUUACAUGGGCCAAUGAGCCAGAGUCGGAGCUCACAUCACUUGACGAUGUCAUUGAUAUGGGCUAUGCGGCCGACUCAACAACGAUAAGGGAAGUGAUGGAUACUCUUUCGGGACCAUUCUGCUACUUCUAUCUAUGA